GGAAGUAUGCAGUCGGAGCGGCGGUAGAGGGGAAAGAGCCAACAACCAAAAGUCGGUGUUUGAACCGGGGGAGGAGGAGGUAAACCAUGCCGAAUCCGUGAAACGUGCCCAUUUCUGCAGCUCCGCGCCGUGCAUCGUUCACAGAGGCCGAUUGAGGGUGAUACCUCAUUGGCUGGUGUGACCCCUGCAGGCCCGCCACCUCCCAAGGUGGGCCCCAAUUGGCUGGACCUGCACUGGGGAGAAAAUGGCUGCCAGCCACCCUCAGCUGAAGAGCUAAGCCCCGCUGUUUCCUCCUCCACAUCCCUAACGUCACUGUUCAUUGCUGUGUUGUGAACUGUGACUCCCUCCAACCGAUUCGCUGUAGAGUACUAUGGCAAUGCAUGAUAUGAGUCGUGCCAAGGGUUUCCCCUGUAAAGAGUGUGAUAUGGUUUGUCCGAGUACUCCAAGUCUUCUAGAGCAUAUGAAAGCACAUUAUCAGCAAGAAGAGAACGGACGCUUUGAGUGUGAACAGUGUGGCCGAAUUUACAAGCACGCAGCAAGCUUAGCUAAUCAUAAAAAGUCUCACGAAGUGGGUUCGUUCCAGUGUCCCGUUUGUACGCGUACGCUGCCCAACGCGGUAGCUCUGAAGAACCACCUACGUAUCCAUACGCUGUCCCCCAGUAGUGCACACACAGAGGAAGAGAGCGAAGAAGUACCUGAGGAGCCGGGCCACGACGAGAGGGACUACGGCCUCGCCCAAGACCUCUCGGACGGGUUUGGGCGCUCCCAUUUGAACAAUAGUGGUAUGGGACAUAGUGUCCUGCAAAGCCACGAAACAGACGACCACGGAAAAAAAGGCUCUCCUGAGUCCGACGACGCCUGGGACAGACCAUUCAAGUGCGAUCAGUGUGACAGAACCUACCGGCACCACGGUAGCCUGGUGAACCACAAGAAGUGUCACCAGCAAGGAACUUUUAAGUGCUCUGUGUGUUUUAAACAAUUUAGCAACCUGGCUGCCCUAAACAGCCACGAGAGAACUCAUUCGAAGUUCAAGGCCCCCGGGGCAUCCAUGGUGAGCAGCAGCAGCAGCCUCCAUGGCACGGAGCGCAGCAGUGUCACCCAGUCAGCCCAGAGUGACGACACUGCCUCCUGUUUCUGCCACCUGUGCCAGAUAGCUCUGCCGAGCAAGACAGACUUUCAGGAGCACAUCCUGCUGCACAACUCAGCCUCGCCCUCCCUUGGCCUGCCGCGCAGUUUCCCAGGCAUCAUGCCUCACAACCUGAGUGCGGUUCGAUCCCCGGCAUACACCCCUGCCCUGGGAGACCCUCUGCCCCUGCCACCCCUCCCCAGUGACAAAAGAGGUCCCUAUGACCCCAUCAUGGGCCCUCCGGUCAACAAUCCCAUCUACACAUGUGCGUACUGUGGCGCAGGGCACCCAGAUCUGGAGACUUUGAAAGUCCACUAUCUGACCCAUGAUCCCCACCCUGCCUCCCAUGGCCAAGACAGUUCCAUCCUCAACUCAGACACGCUCACCUCUGGAUCCCAGGGCUCAGUGUCUUCUCCCUCUGGAGGCCGUGUGCCCCAGGCCAACUCUCCAGAUGAUGGAGAGCGGCGCUUUAAGUGCGGGGAGUGCGGCAAAAGCUACAGGCAUGCAGGAAGCCUGGUCAACCACAAACGCUGCCAUCAGACAGGCCACUACCAGUGCACCAUCUGCUGCAAGCAGUACCCUCACCUGGCAGCGCUGCACAGCCACCUACGAAGCCACAAGGGGCGUCCCUCCAACCAGGCAAUUAAUAACGACAGCAGUGAUUGGCUAUCACCAGAGCCACUAACUCUGGACUCCCAGCAGAGCUACGUCCAGGAAGGCAGUGGGGCCACCACUCCAAUCUCACUGCCAGGAAACCUCGGUGAUGCCGCCCACUUUGUACCGGAUGCUGGCCACAGCAGUGGGUUGGACUCUCUUGAGUUCCAUGACCGCUUCGACGGCAGCUCACUUUCCCAGAGCAACUCUGCUCACCGUCAGGCUGACAGACAUGUGUGUGCCGACUGCGGCGAGAUGUACGGAGAUGUAUCCGGCAUCAAAUCGCACAUGUGUCCCCGUCGUGGCCAGCAGCCGCAACAGCAGCAGAGCAACAUGUCCAACGGUUUCAUGGGGAACAUGAACUACCAUAGCUCCAGUGGAACCUCGCUGCCCGCUGGAAGCUCCAGCAGCCUGAAGGAAGGCAGCAGCCAGCGACAGUACUCCCAGAGCGGAGGCAAGAGAAUGGGCAGCAACGACAAAGACGAUGAUGAUGAUGGAGAAGUGUAUCAAUGUUCGGUUUGUGGCAACCACUACGCUAGCCUCAGAGCCCUCAGGAGCCACCUGCGUAGCCAUGCCAACAACCCAACAGGGCCAGGACCUUCCAACCUGGAGCAGGAGUGGAGGAUGAUCUGCUCCACCUGUGGCCAGAGCUUCUCCAGGAAGCAAGACCUCCUGAAUCACCAGUUAGUCCAUGGCCCCCAACGACCGGACGGCCAGCAACAGGGUAUCGUAGGCAGCUCAGCUAAUGGCAAUGACAAGAUGGACGGACGCAAUCACAUCUGUGUUGACUGUGGCAUGUUUUUCGCUGAUCGCCACCACCUGAUCACCCACCUGUGCCCUGGAAAGAAUAGGGCAAGUUCGCUGAGCAAGCAGGGCCUGAACGGAGCCAAAGGAAUGUCUGGAGGAGAUGGUGUCGGUGGUGGAGUUGCCGGAGGAAGCCGUGAUGUCGGUGGAGAUGGUCGCAGGCCUAUGGUUGACCAAAGUGACAAGCCCCACAAGUGCGACCAAUGUGGGCGAGGGUACAGACACCCCUGCUCACUCCUUAACCACAAGAAAUCCCAUAAGACCGGAGUUUUCCGCUGCUUGGUGUGCCAGAAACGUUACUACAAUCUGCUGGCUCUCAAGAAUCACCAAAGGACCCACUUUGAUCUGAAGAGGCACAAGUGUGAAGAAUGCGGCAAGGCUUUCAAGAUCCAGAAGCAGCUGAUCAACCAUCUCCGUCUGCACGAGGAGCACAGAGCCAAAGGUCUGGUUCGGACCGGCCCCAACGGAUCCCGCUUUCAGCAGCCUGGCCCGUCUCAAAUGCAGACUAUGAGGGGAGAGUCAUCAAAGGGCCAGGCAAUGGGCAUGAAAUACAGCCAUCAGGGGUUCAAAAAGCCCUACUCUUCAGCAGGAACCUCCAGACCCCAGAAGUUUGAUCCAGCUGAAAGUGGACGGCGGCCUUUUGCCUGUGAAGAAUGUGGCAAGACAUACCGCCAUGCUGGCAGCCUGGCCAAUCACAAGAACCUUCACAAAAUCGGGGAGUACCACUGUAACGUUUGCAACUCCACAUACCCCAACAGGCUGGCCAUGAAAAACCAUCUACGCCUCCACUUUGCCCAGAAGAAGCACAACUGCCAAGAAUGCGGCAAGGGCUUCCGCACCCAGAGGCAGCUAGCUACCCACACUACAGCCGGCCUGUGCAAAGGGCCGCAGGGCCCUGGGGCCCAGAUGGAUUUCGAGUGCGACGGCUGCUGUGAAGGCUUUGCAACGGCCGAUGAGCUCGCAGCCCACGACUGCCCAGCCCAGCACCUGCCUUCAUCCUCUUCCACCAACAGCUCCACCAACAUCAGCAUGGAGAGGAGCUCUGUGGACCUGGACUCUGAUGAGAGACCCUACGCCUGUGACCUGUGCAGCUGUGCCUACAAACACGCAAGCUCCCUGCUGAACCACAAGCACACCCACAAGACGGGCAACUUCCGGUGCAACUUCUGCGACAAGCCCUACACCAACUACAUGGCGCUACGCAACCACAUGCGCAUCCACACGCAGCGGAAGAAGCACAUCUGCCACACGUGUGGGAAAGCCUUUCGGCUGGCCAGGUUCCUCCGAAACCACCAGAAGGUCCACGAGGAGGGCGCCACCCCCUUCGGCUGCCCCACCUGUGGGAAGAGUUUCCAGGGGAGGUCCGGCCUAGCCAGGCACCGCUGCGGGGACAACCAGGUAGGCAUGGAAGUCAGGAGGAAGGCCACUGCACCCACGGGAGAGGGCGAAGAGUGUCGGUACACAUGUGAUCAGUGCGGCCGCUCCUACCGUCACGCCAGCUCCCUCCUCAACCACAAAAACACCCACACCGUCGGCAUCUACCACUGCGCCGUGUGCCUCAAGACCUACUCCAACCUGCUCGCCCUGAAGAACCACCGCCGUAUCCACUCUGAGACGCGGCGCCAUCGUUGCCACGACUGCGGCAAGGCCUUCCGAGUUUCUUCCCAGCUCUACAACCACCGACGCGUCCACCAGAAGCAGCGGGAGCUGACCUGCCGGUCCUGCCAGAGGGCCUUUCCCACGCAGGCCAGCUUCAGGCUCCACAUGGAGAUCACUCACGGCCAGGCGCCGCAGCCCCGCCAGCCCAGACCCCAGCAGCCCCGACCGGGGGGCUCCCAGGAGCUGGGCUGGGGGUCAGGCCUGGACCUCACCUUGAUGCAAGAGCAAGGACUCGACCCCGGCAGCAUGGCCAAGGCCCGCAGCCGUGGGGGCCACAGUGAGGUCAUCAAAUCCCAUGUGUGCGAUCAGUGUGGGCGGUCCUACCGCCACGCCAGCUCCCUGCUCAACCACAAGAACAGCCACAAGACCGGGACCUACUUCUGCAACUCCUGUCAGAAGGAGUUCCCCAACCUGAUGUCCCUCAAGAACCACCGUCGGAUCCACACCGAGCCCAAACGUUACCAGUGUCCAGACUGCGGCAAAUCCUUCCGUGUCUCCACGCAGCUCAUCUGCCACCGCCGCAUCCACACCAAGGAGAAGCCGUUCUCCUGCCAGCAGUGUGACAAGCGCUUCUCCUCCAAGUCCAAUCUGAGGCACCACAUGAAGGUGCACUGGAGCGGCUCGACGGCGCCCCCUCCCAUGGCCCAUGCGCCCAACUUCCUGGAUCUGAGUCCGGUGAGUUCGACCAGCAGCUCCAGGAGCUUUGUCUGCGAUCGGUGUGGCCGGUCCUACCGCCACGCGAGCUCCCUGCUCAACCACAAGAACAGCCACAAGACCGGGACCUACUUCUGCAACUCCUGUCAGAAGGAGUUCCCCAACCUAAUGUCCCUUAAGAACCACCGUCGGAUCCACACCGAGCCCAAACGCUACCGUUGCCCUGACUGCGGCAAGUCCUUCCGUGUGUCUACUGCGCUCGUCUGCCAUCGCCGCAUCCACACCAAGGAGAAGCCGUUCUCCUGCCAGCAGUGUGACAAGCACUUCUCGUCCCGGUCCAACCUGAGGCACCACAUGAAGGUGCACUGGAGGGGUCCGCAACUGUCCAGAAGGACAUCGUCUGCCUUCCUCAGUGUCCAGUCCAGACCGUUCAUAUAAACGUCCAACCUCGAUGGUCUGACCAGGCUUCAUGAUGGUGACCACAACAAUGUGGACAACAGGAAACCUCAGAUCAGUGUUCAGAUCUUAUCAAGAAACAGAAUACCUUAAAGUCAACCUGAAGACGUCAGGCUGAACUUAAAUUACCACCAAAUUUUGACAGCUGAAAUAUUCAAGCUG